CUAUCGCAGCAGCAAGCUCACUUUGACGACAUGGGCAAACGCAAGGCGGCUAAGAAGCCUCAAGGGCCCAAGAAGAGCGACCCGCUCCCCACGACCUUCCAGUGUCUGUUUUGCAACCACGAAAAUGCCGUCAGCGUCAAGAUGGAGAAGAAGAUUGGCAUCGCCACACUGUCCUGCAAAGUGUGCUCCCAAUCCUUCCAAGCCAAAAUAAACCCUCUCCUGGCCCCCAUCGACGUUUACUACGAGUGGCUGGACGCAUGCGAGGAGGUCGCCCAGAACCAACAAGACUCGGCCGGCAACUACGCGACCGACCCCUACCGCGAGCCCGAGGAGCUCGAGAAGAUGCGCAGGCGGAGCGCCGAGCCCGCGCGCGGGCAGAGGCAAGGGUCUUUCAUCGAUGACGAUGAUGCUGGCGACGAGGGUGACUACGGCGACGAUGACUGAGCAGGACUCGGAUUGUGAUAGUAAGCACGCUGUUUGGACGCAAUGGGCUUGUUGUUCUCUUCUUGUUAUAUGUUUGGAGGGUAGUC